AUGCCUUUGCCAUCAGCCGACUUGAUCAAAGCACAAGACAAUGAGCAACACUUUUCGCACGCUGACGUUGACCAGGCACGCAGCAGCAGCCCAGGAAUUCCCCGCACCAUUGCGGAUUCUGACGUGGGGAGAAUGGCUCACUCGCUUGCAUCGCAAGUGUUCCUGACGUCAAUGUGGGUCGCUUGCACAGCAGCCAUGACCAUCUCCAUGCCAUCCGAGCUUGGGCGCGAUGUCAGGGCCGCGUCGAGCCAGAUCCGUGGGACGCUCUUCGUAUUGCGCGCGGGCCGUGCAUCUAAUCCUGCUAGGCGCCUCCACUUCCAGAGCGAUGGCUUUUCGAUAAAAAAGAAGUUGAGCCCCAGCGCGCCGUUUCCUUUCACAAGCCUACGCCUGCUGCUGCCCUCCUUUUACGCGACUCAGGCUGGGCUGUGGCUGGGCGUUGGCGGUAACUUGGCGGUUCCCGUCAGCCGCUCGCCCCGGCAUCCGUCCCGCUGCCGAGAUGCAACACCCUCGUGA